AUAGUGAUAACAAUACAACAGCUCUUAUAAUACGUACAAGCAAAGCUCCAUUAAUCCUUAAUCUUUAAUAUCAUAACGUUCUUGCAUGUAUAUAUAUUUUGUAUACACAUACAUAUAUAAAUGGUGAAGCUAGCGUCAGCACGAGAGAGCAGAAUGUACGGACCAAGACUGGGUAGAAAUAGAGCGGAGUACAUAAAUGCAGGCCUUUAUGUGUUUGCCACCAUCGUGCUUCUUGGUGGGUUUGCGGCCUUAUUCUCAAUGGAGCCUAAGUCAGGUUUGGUUCUAAUGUUCAUAGCGUUAGGGCUUAUUAUGGCGGUCAAUCUUCAUGAUCUAUUUGCACAUCUUGCCGGCAUCGAUUACCGGUUACCUUUGAUGGGAUUCGAUGUGCAGCUUGCUCUUGUGGAGUUUGCAGUUCCUAUUGUUCAAGCUUUGGGGGCUUUGCUUUUAUUUUUGGGGAUCUUUUUCCUUUUCCUUCAGGAAGAGAAAAGAUAUGGUUAUUACAAAUUGGAAAAACACUCCCUUAACAUGCUUAUUGCUGGACCCAUUCUUUGGAUUCUUGGAUCAAUCCACAACUCGUGCCAAAUUUACGAGAGAGCUGAUGGGCAUGUCCAAAUUUUGCAAGAAAGUGUCCACAUCCCAUUUCUAAUGGGGAGUUUGCUGUUCCUGGUUGGUGCCAUUCUCAACAUUCAAGAGCAAGAUGGGCUUGAUCACCAUGGUCUACAACUUCUGGGCAGAAGCUUGGUGUGGAUGGGAAUCUUUGGAACUUUAUUGCUCUUUAUCGGGGGUUUAACAAAUGUAGUAAAAGUGUUCAAGAUGCAACAAAUUGAUGGAUUACGGCUGGAAAAACUGCGAGGAGGGGCUCAGGAACGCCUGAUCCAGCAGAGAGAGGGGCAGCUGCCUCUUAUUGCAGAAGAACAUAGGAGAAGGAAAAUGAUUAUAGAGGAAACAAAAGCUGUACCUGUUCCUGAUCCUGUUCCAACUCCUUAUAAGGAUGUGCUUAUUGGUCAGAGUUGAUUGCUUCAUAUAUUCAUUUAGGAGUAAUAAUAACUGAUCUUCCUGUUCUUUUGUACUAUUAGUAUCCGCUCUUCCCUGCCAUUUGCCUGCAUGUUUGCACAUAGUGGAAAAAUAGAGAUGAUAUUCUUGUUUAUAAAGGACAAUUUUUCGUUUUA